AUGGAAAGAGACAACAAGACAAGUGUCUCUGAAUUUUUCCUUUUGGGACUUCCCAUCAGACCACAGCAACAAGUCUUGUUCUACAUCCUAUUCUUGAGUAUGUAUCUCAUCACACUGUUUGGGAACCUGCUUAUCAUUUUGCUGAUCAGAUUAGACUCUCAUCUUCGUACCCCUAUGUAUUUCUUCCUCAAUCACUUGGCCUUUACUGAUGUCUGUUUCUCAUCAGUGACUACCCCAAAGAUGCUGUUGAACAUGCAGACAAGAAGCCAAACCAUUACCUACAAUGGAUGCAUCUCACAGAUGUAUUUCUUCAUAUUCUUUACUGAUCUGGACAGCUUCCUGCUCACUGCAAUGGCUUAUGAUCGCUAUGUUGCCAUCUGCCACCCUCUCCACUAUACCACUGUCAUGAGCCAGAAUCUCUGCAUUCUAUUAGUGGUUGGAUCCUGGAUUUUCUCCUGUGCCAGCUCCUUGACCCAUACUCUUCUACUAGCCAGACUACACAUGGGACAAGAAAAUAAAACAAGCAUCUCUGAAUUUAUCCUCUUGGGACUAUCUGAACAACCUGAUCAUCAGAGACUGCUAUUCGGGUUAUUCCUGGCCAUGUACUUGAUCACUGUGGUGGGGAACCUUCUCAUCAUACUAGCCAUUGGCUUUGAUUCCCAUCUCCAAAGUCCUAUGUAUUUCUUCUUGGCCAAUCUGUCCUUUGCAGACAUCUGUUUCACAUCAGCUUCUAUUCCCAAGAUGCUGGUGAACAUUGACACCCAGGAUCAGACCAUUUCCUAUGUUGGAUGUAUUACCCAGCUAUAUUUCCUUCUUGCAUUUGGGGGUUUGGACAACCUACUUCUGGCUGCAAUGGCCUAUGACCGCUAUGUGGCCAUUUGCCGUCCCCUUCACUAUGCCACAAUUAUGAGUUCUCAGCACUGUGUGCUGAUGCUGAGUAUCUGUUGGGCACUGACCAAUAUUCCUGCCCUGACACAUAGCAUUCUGAUGGCCCACCUGGACUUCUGUACCCAUCAUGCCAUCCCCCACUUCUAUUGUGAUAUUAGUCCCCUGCUAAAAUUGGCGUGCUCUGAUACUCGCUUAAAUGAACUGAUGGUAAUCAUCAUGGGAGCAAUAUUCCUCACUCUUCCACUUGCCCUCAUUGUCCUCUCCUAUGCCCAUAUCACAUCUGCUAUCCGUAGUUUCUCCUCUCUUGAAGGGAGAUGGAAAGCCUUCUCCACCUGUGGGUCCCACCUCACUGUAGUUUUACUCUUUUAUGGUUCCUUAAUGGGUGUGUAUUUAUUUCCUGCAUCAAGCUACUCUGUCCAAAGGGAAAGUACAGCUUCUGUUCUCUAUAUGGUGGUGACCCCCAUGAUGAACCCAUUCAUCUAUAGCCUGAGGAACAGAGACAUGAAAGGGGCACUAGGGAGGCUUCUUAGCAAUGGGAAAACUCUCUCUUCACCAUAA